GGGGUUGUCUACAUGCAAGAACAGCUCCAGUUUAUUAGCCGGGAUGUUGUGCUGACCACUUAACUUAGCUAUAGCAAGCACGUGGGGUCGUAGUGUAGAUUGGGGGAGCUGUACAUCUGCAUGCAUGUGCUAAUAAGUUCAGACUUCAUCCCCACCUCUUGGGAACAUUUUGCGAGGUAUAUUCCUGCUCUGUGGCCAUUCCCAGGGCUCUCGAUCUCGGUUUCACAUCAAUUCCAACCCUUGUUGCCGUCGGCGUGUUCCCAAUUGACACCAAUUGACAAACCAAGCACUCAAAGCAGACCGACAUGCGAUUUGGCCAGACGCUCGUCGAGUCCGUCUACCCGCCAUGGAAAGACAAGUACAUCGACUAUGGCAAGCUCAAGGGCAUGCUUCGGGAGGGCAAGUUCCAGGAUGACGAUGUGCCGUGGACCGAGGACGAUGAGAACCGCUUCUGCGACGAGGUCUUCAACACGCAGCUCGAGAAGGUAUGCCGCUUCCAGGAAGAGACGGUCGGCCGGUUACGAGAGCGAGCCGACGCCGUCUUCGAGGCGCUGAAGAACCUCACGCCCGCCGGCGACAAGACCGAGGCCGACGUGCCGCCGGCGGACCAGCUGAAGGCCCUCGAGGCGGAGCUGGACGACAUCACCAACACGGUCAAGGAGCUCAAGAAGUACAGCAACAUCAAUUACACGGGUUUCCUGAAGAUCGUCAAGAAGCACGAUCGGAAGCGCGGCGAGAGAUACAAGAUCCGGCCCAUGAUGCAGGUCAACCUUUCGAAGCGCCCGUUCAACUCGGAGCAGGGCUACUCGCCGCUGCUCAACAGGCUAUCCCUCAUGUACUUUGCUGUCCGGCAGCAGCUCGAGGAGGACGGGGCCGGCGACGGCCACAUAGCCGAGCUCUACCCCGAUAGCGCCACCGCCACCCACAACGGCGAGAAAUACAUGGCUUAUAAGUUCUGGGUCCACCUGGAUAACCUGAUCGAGGUGAAGACGCUCAUCCUCCGCCGGCUCCCGGCGUUGGUGUACAGCCAGCAGUCCUCGAAGGAGCUCGACGGGUCCGAAGACCCGGCCCUCACCUCCAUCUACUUUGACAACUCGAAAUUCGACUUGUACUCGAAGAAGGUGGACCGACAAGCCCACGCCGCCGCCUCGUCGUUACGGCUGAGGUGGUACGGCCCGCUGAGCCAGAAGCCCGAGAUAUUUCUGGAGCAGAAGAUCCUGAACGAGAACGGCAGCAGCGAGGAGCGGAAGAUCACCAUCAAGGAAAAAUACGUCAAGCCGUUCCUGGACGGCGAGUACAAGAUGGAGAAGACCAUCCAGAAGAUGGAGCGACAGGGCCAGAGCGCGGAGGAGGUGGAAUCAUUCAGGGCCACGGCAGAGGCUCUGCAGGAAUUCGUGCGAGAGCACGAGCUUGAGCCUGUUCUGCGGGCAAACUACGCCCGGUCGGCGUUCCAGAAGCCCGGCGACGACCGCGUCCGGAUCGCGAUAGACACGGACGUGGCCUUCAUCCGGGAGGACACGCUCGAUCGCAGCCGGCCGUGCCGCGACCCUAAGGACUGGCACCGCUCGGACAUUGACAGCAGCAACAUGGCCUACCCGUUCAAGAACAUCAACCAGAGCGAGGUGUCGCGGUUCCCGUACGCCACGCUGGAGAUCAAGCUGAAGGAGGGCCCCAACCGCAAGCGCCCCAGCUGGGUGGCGGACCUGAUGGCGUCGCACCUCGUGCACCCGGCGCCGCGGUUCUCAAAGUUCCUCCACGGCGUCGCAUCGCUCUUUGAGGACUACGUCAACAUCCUGCCGUUCUGGCUGAGCGACCUCGAGACGGACAUCCGCAAGGACCCGCAGGUCGCGUUCGAGGAGGAGGAGCAGAGGCGCGCGCAGAGGGCCGAGAACGAGCAGGUCGUGGGCAGCUUCCUGGGCAACAAGGUCAGCUCGUUCGUGCCGACCACGAGCUCGCCCGUUGCCAAGUCCUACCUGAGCGAGCGGCUGAUGAGCGAGAGGCGGGCCACGGAGCCGCAAGGAGCCGCAGCAGCGACGCCUGCAUCCGCGAUCGGCAGGUCGGGGCAGCCCACGUCGUCCGCCGCCGCGGAGGGAAGAGGAGGCGAACACGCCGGCGACGAGCGGCCAAACUACGGGACCGUGUCGUCGGUGAUCCCCGGCGGCUUCUCCCUGACCAAGUACGCGCGGGCCAAGAGGUCGAGGGAGACGGCGCUGCCGGAAGGGGUAGUGGAGCCGACUGAGUGGAUCAAGAACUCAGGCCCGCUGCAGAUUGAGCCCAAGGUGUGGCUCGCCAACGAGCGGACGUUCCUCAAGUGGCAGCACAUCUGCAUCCUCCUGGGCGGCCUGGCCAUCAGCCUGUACACCGCCGGCGGGAGGGACACCCUCGCCGAGGCCAUGGGCAUCGGGUACAUCCUGAUCGCCGUGUUCGCCGGCGCCUGGGCCAUGCACAUGCACCAGGCCCGGCGGUCCAUGAUCGUCCAGCGCAGCGGCAAGCACUUCGACAACGUCGUCGGGCCCAUCGUCAUUGCCGUCGCGUUGAUGCUAGCCCUGGUCUUGAACUUUAUCUUUGCGUAUCGGGCAGCGUUCGCGCGCUUGGGCGCCGGUGAUGAUGACUGGUCCGGGAACUCGUCGUUUGUUGUCGAGGAGCUGCGGUUCAGGGUUUAAGUGGUUUGCUUGGAUAUCUGAAUGUUAGGAAACGGACGCCAUGAGAGUGGGCGCAAGGGCGCUUGUGUGUAUAAUUUGGCAUUUCGAGGCUCGUUGUUUGCAGCAUUUACUCAUUGGCUUGGGAUACGGGGUUUGGGGGAAAGCAUUGGAGUCUAAUCUAUAUAUGUAUGUAGGUGUGUUUGACUCCCAGUUUAUAAGUCAACCAUCAGCACCAGGAGUGCGACGAUCUCAUUGUCAAUUUCAAGUUACGAGUAAUUAUAGGUAGGUGUAGGUAGGUAUAAGUGGAACUUGGUUCAGAGACUCGACCAAAAAAACCCUAAGAAAAGGAAGGGUUAAUGAAAAUUCACUGCAUAUAUACUGCAUACUAGGUAGCCUUGGAUUGG